AUGAUACAACAACUUUUCCCUGGUCGGACACGAAGGCAAGUUAAAUUGAAAUAUAAAAAAGAAGAGCGGCAGCAGCGAUUGCGGCUUCAUGAAGCCCUGGCUAAUCGUGCCAAAGAUCAUACCCAUUUUAAAAUUGUGAUUGAGCGGCUUCAAGAAAUUGCUGCUGAGGAAAAGCAUAACUCCAACUUGGAUGAUUCAGUUGACUUGGCAGACGAGGAUCCAGCAGAGACGGCAACUCCUGAAACCAAUGAAGAAGUUACAAAAUAUGAACAGACUGAGGAAGGAGAAAUUGAGAUUAUGGAAACAGAUGUUCCUGAGUUCAAUAAGCUUAUAAAAGAAAUUGAUGGUUUGCUUCGACUUUAG